UUAGUGGUAUGUAUCGAUACCACCAGUUUUUCUUCAUUUUAACAUGCACUAAGACGACUCGGUUGUUUGGCCAGUUAGGGAAAGAGACGUCAGUCAACAAAAACUACAACUUACACCUGAGGCUGAGACGUGAUUUAAUCAUUAUUUCGUAAUACGUUUUUAACAUCAAACUAAUAAUGUCUUGGGGUGGACAACAAUACGUGAGUUUUCUUACUUAAAAAAUUAAGCAUUUCAGAUUUUUAAGUUAUAACUGGAGGUAGUAGUAGUAGUAAAAUAAUGAAUAGUAAUUUAGAAUAUUAUUUAGAUCUAAAUUUAGUCAGGCCUAGGGACCUAGGCAUAAUACAGUAAAUACACCAACUCUUGUCACUUCUGUGGACUUUGUAGGCCUGCUAUGAUGUUUCGUGGCAUGAGUGUUAUGCCCAACCGAACCCCCCCUCCCCCUUGAAUAUAUGAUACUACAACCCGACAACUGUAAUCAACAAUGACAAUGUCUUACUCCACCAUCAGAAUGAAUCAGAUCUAUACUACAAUUAUUAAACAAGUAUAAGUAAGCUAUUAAAAUUAAUUAAUCAUAAUCCAGAAGACUUGUCAAAAUGUUUAAUUGAAUAUUAUUUUAAAACAGACCUAUUAAAGUAUUAUACCCUUCACACUUCCUUUGAGAACAAGCUUUGCCUUGAUUUGAAUGAAAAUGAAGAAUUUCCAAUGCCAACACACCACCCAACCCCACUCUUAGGACUUAAUCUAACAUUACAUUUACAUGUUUUUCAACUACCCUAAUGCCUAAUAUAAUUUAGCGUCUUAAAUUGUUAAAUAUUUGGUAUCUUAUGAGGCAAAUGAUAUAUAGACCUAAUUUUAUAGGCUAGGUUUAUCUUAUUGUAUACAUUUUUACAAAUUUUUGCUUGAUAUAACCUAGAAAAUAAGUGUAUUUAUUCUUAAUUUCAAAACAAUUUGAAACAGAACAUGUAUUGCUAUAGGCCUAAAUAUAAAAGUAGAUUUUUAAAUUAACAGAGAAUUUUGAAAAUGUAUAAUAGUUUUCAUUUCUUAAAAAAACCUUGUUAUGUUUAAGUUAUUUUUAAUGGAUUCUUACAUUUCAUUAUAUCAACUAUUCAUUACCAUCAUUUUAAAUACUUUUUUUAGGGGGGAUUUGGGCAAGGUCAGCAAGUACCACCUAAUUAUGGUCAAGCACCAGCUGGGCCAUAUGGUACACCAGGCCAGACACCACAAUAUGGAGCUCCGCCUGGUCAAACUCCUGGGGGACAAGUACCAAACUAUGGGGGUCUUCCAGGACAUGCUCCAGGUGGACAAGUACCACAAUAUGGUGUUCCUUCAGGGCAGCCCCCCAGAGGAAAUGUGCAACAAUAUGGAGGUCCUCAGGGUCAGAAUCCUGCUUUUGGCAAUCCUCAACAAACACCAUAUGGAGCACCUCCUGGGCAGAAGCAAGGUUUUGGAGACCAACAAUACGCUGCACAACAGGGAAGCUUUGCUACACAGCAAGGGGGGUUUGGUGCACAAUCACUUGGAGGUUAUGGUGGUGGCUCAGGUGGAAUGCCAGCUGGGGUUAAUCCAGAGCUGUGGACAUGGUUUCAAGUAAGUCUAUCUUUAGCUAGUCAGUUACAUUUCAAAAGUUCAUAUCCAUCUGCAUUUGGUAUCAACUUUAAGAAUUGCAUACACAGUCGAAACACUGUUUUGUUUAUCAAGGGCUCCAUUUUAUUUAUAGACAUCAUUUCCAUUCUAUCACUAUCUUUUUAUUAGAAAUUUUCAAAAAGAUUCUUUUUGAGACAGAUGAAGAUAACUAAUUUUAAAAAAAAAUCAUCAUUGUUUUUAAUAAAAGUACUAAAUAUAUUUUAAAAUUAUUCAUUAGAAAUAUUAUUGUUUUAUCUUUGUAUUUGCAGAACAAGAAGAAUUAACAUUAAAUUUCUUAAUUUAUUGUGUACAUACUGUAUCCUCUGAGAAAAUAUAUACAGUGAAACCUCACUAUAACACGAUAAUUUGUAUCCAUAAAAUCUUAUUAUGUUAACCCUUAAACUGUCAUAACGCCCGAUCUUCAGCUGUUUCUGGGAUGUCACAGCUGAUGUAAUAGGCUGCUAGCAAUAUCGUCAUUAAAAAUGGGAAUGAGUUAAUGUGUAUUGGUAAGGAGGAAAUCACUCAAUCAUUUAAAUAAAUGAGUUUGAUUUUUAUUUCAGUUUCUUUGCUUUUAUCAGGCCUUUUUUCUUUUUUGGUUAUUAAUCGGGAGUGAAAUUCGCUCAAUUUCUUUUAGCGCCAUAAUGUCUGUUGCUGGGGAGGGUCCUCCUCUAGAUUGCAAAUUAAUUGGAAUUAUAUCAAAUGUAUUAAAAUGAAGCAAUAAUUUUAGAGACAUUCCAUGUGCUAAUAAUGACAGUAUUAGCUCAAUCAGUGAUGGCGACAUAAAAGUGUCAGAUUUGACAAUUUUAGCCCUAAGCUUAGUUGUGUUGUUACAGACCGAUUCAUUUGGGAAAGGGUGAAAAUGUUACUGAAUAUACAAAAAUUUGACAUACCUUUAAGGAAUUAAAGACAUUUAUGUUUGUGUGUGUUCUGGAGCAUUAACAUUAAUAAAAAAUGAAUUUCAUAUCUUCAAAUUCAAGCUAAUGGGCAUUUUAGAAUUUAUUUUGUGCUUUCCACUUUGUAUUUUGUAUGACAGAAAUUUGAAGGCAGUGAAUAAAAAAUUUCACCAAGAAUAUUUUAAAUAAUAUUCUUUCUAAUAUCUCAAAAACUUGAUUUUAUGAUAAUUUGAACAAUUUAUGGAGAAUUAGGUUAGGUUGAAUUAAGAAGUUGAAUAGUAAAAUUUUACUCACUCUGUAAAGGUCAAUCACAACAUACAUAAUAAAAAAACAAAUUCUUUUCAUACCAUAAGAUAAAUUGUCCAAUGUAUUUUAAGAAAAUGUAUACUUGUAAGGGUCUCUGAAUUCAUUUAGUAUGGUAUUUUGUCAUUUUUGUCAACCAUAUGAACAUGCUGACAUUGGGUUGACACUACAGAAAAGUGCACUUGACAUGUAUAGAGCUGAUAGGGGAAUUCAAAUCCUGUGCCAAUAGCAGUGGGACGUUUAAAGUUAAUAUGAUAGGUAAUUUUAUGAGAUGCUGAAGUUGGACUCAUUUUAGUGGAUUUGUGAUUUUGCUGCUCAAGAAUAAAAAAAAAAUUACACACUUUUUGUUUGUUUGUAUGAAUGAAUAUACUAAAUUUCAAGAACCCUGCUAUGAGCAUCUUAUGUCCAAAUUCAGUUACAUUGCUGUAUCAUUCAUUUUUUACCUGCAAUUAUUUUCUUUGAUUUAUUUAAUAGUCUGUAGAUGUAGACAACUCUGGCAAAAUCACAGCUACAGAACUACAACAGGCAUUAAUGAAUGGUAACUGGUCACCAUUUAAUCCUGAAACUUGCAGAUUAAUGAUCGGCAUGUUUGACAAAGACAGGUAUUUGAAACUAUAUAUUUUUAUUAAUAUUGGUUGUAUAAUCAAAUCUCGUGCUAGAUUAUUUCGUUGUUGCCUUUACUUCAGAAAAUGCUGUCACUCUAAUUUAUUUUUAUAAACACCUUUCAAAACCUUUUGUUUACAGAAGUGGCACCAUUGAUAUCCAUGAGUUUGCUGCGUUGUGGAAGUACAUUCAAGACUGGAAAUCUUGUUUUGAUAGGUAUUAAAGUUAAUCUUGGUAUGGUAUCUCGGUAACAUUUCUGUAUCAUAUGAGGACCUUUUCUCUGAUCCUGCUUGUUGGUGAGAAUAUCUCAAAUUCUGCAUUAGAAAUGGAAUUCAGAACUGUACAAUAAGAAAGAUGUCUCAAUAGCAACAAAAAAUGUUUAACAUAGAAUUAUAUGAAUAUUGGGAGUCAUUGUUUCAUUUAAUCUUCAUGAACAACAAAAUUUAGUGAAAUUAAUGGUUUUCUUAUAAAGAAAAAUGGUCACAACAGUUUUUAUAUUAUUGCUCUCUCCCUUAACUUCAUAGGAAACAUGUCAAAUAUUUAUUUUAAAACAAAGCAUUGCCUAAAAUACGUGAGUGUUGUAAAAUAUUUAUUAUAUAAUAUGAUAAUUGCACUAUAAGAAAAGGCAUCAUAUCAGUAUUUAAAGUUGCUUUAUUUUUCUUUUCAGAUUUGAUGCUGAUCGCUCAGGGAAUAUUGAUGCAAAUGAACUCAGCAAUGCCUUUCAAACAUUUGGCUACAGGCUGUUAGUAUUCAAUGAACAAUAUUGUUAUCACUUGGUCUCAUCUGUUCUUCUUGUUAUUGUUUUAGAAGAUAUCUAAGCUCAUGCAAAUAAUAUGUCAUUAGGAAGAGACAACCAUUCUUCUAGUCUUCUUUUUUUAACGACAUAAUUUUAACUAAAAUCGUGUGAAGUAACUAACAAUAAGAUUUUAUCAUGAUCAUUGUUUUAUUCAUUUUCAGAUCACCUCAGUUCAGCCAGGUUGUUGUUCGAGUGUUUGAUCGUAACCGAGGAGGUUACACCAUUAAUUUUGAUGACUUUAUUCAAGCCUGCGUCAUGCUCAAAUCUUUAACAGACAAGUUUAGAGAAAAGGAUACAAAUCAAACUGGACAGAUAAACAUUGGCUAUGAAGAGGUACUGACAUUCCUCUAAAUCUAAAAAAAAAAUAUUUAUUUUAUUAUAAAUGAUUCAUUUAACUCUUAAUAUUGACUUUUCGAUCACAUGUGAUCGCCAGAUUCUAACUGGAUUUUUUUCUCCAAGUCAUUUUCAACGUACAAUUAUAAAAUACGUGGUAAAAGUUGUUAAAAAUAUCAAUUUUAAGCGUAAAUUUAGAUUUGUAAUAAAAAAAUUUACUCCAUGCAUUGUGUUUCGUUUUUUUUGACGACGCAUUUUCGUCCGCCUUAUUGCCAAUCCUUUGAAACUUCACUGAAGGCCGGUAGCAAAAAAUGACACAAAAGAACUCAGCAUUUAUUUUCCAAAAAUGUUGUUGAUGAUAUUUCAAGUCAAAAAGUGAAACCGGGCCAAUAGAAACAAGAAGAAUUCGUGACUACUGAUGAUUUUUUGCAUUUUCGCCUGAUUGAAAGUUGGCUUUGGCUAUCAGUGGUAAGAUUUUUUGUGUGUUAUGACGGGUCUAAACGCACAUAAAUUUUGUGGAAAUAUUGGGAAAAAAUAUCUUUACAUUGAUGUAAUGUAAUAGUGAACUUCAUAUAUGUUGAUAAUAAUUAUUUAACUUAACCAUAUUAAUUUCUUGUUCCAGUUUAUCAAGUGUGUAUUUUAUUAUCUUUUUUUUUUCCACAGGCAUAGUUGUUUGCAAUUUCUUUUUUGUUUAUAUUGGAUACUCUAAGAAGAGGCAAUGACUUUUCAGUCCUAAUUUAUUCAGGAUAAAAACAGCUUUUAAUUUUGAAUUUUUAUUAUUUUUAAUUGAAUAAAGUAUUUAGUUUUGGUAAGUUUUUUUUUUUUAUUAUAUGAUCCAAGCUUAUAUGUAAAGCUUAAAUUUUAUAAUCAUUUCACAGUAUCAGAGUGGUGACUAGGACAUUAGGUAACCCAAUCAUCAUGGCAAUGCUAUUUCUGUCAUAAGACCUGUUUACUACUGAAACCUGUCCAAAAGCAAGACAAGAUAAGGAGUACAUUCACCUUUAUCACUUUUCAACUUCAAUUUACAUCAUCAAGGUUGGAGAUGCUUUGUAAAUGUACACAACUGCAAUAGUAUGGCAACUAAGCCCACUAGGUUUUAAAACUGCACAUUCCAGCUGAUUAACCAAAUUUCUAACAUUCAUUGGAAGUCCAACCUACCAGCCCUAGUAAGACUUGUCACUGUAUAAAUGGAUUUUAUUCACUGGAUUAUGGAAUUCAUAAAUUGUUUUUAGGCCAGUAUAGUAAGUUUCUAAAGAAAGAUCUGAUUAAUCUGCUCAUAAGCAGGUACAGUUAAUUUCAUCUGUAACUGGAGCAACCAUAAUAAUUAAGAAAAGCGGUAGAGUAUAGGACAUACUCAUUUCAUAAAUGUAACACAAUACUGGUAAGGAACAACAUGAAUGAAAAUGAAUGAUUGGUUCUUGCUGAUUCAAUAUCUAAUUAAUUAGUAUAAAUGGUUCUGUUGUUAUUGUAGUUUAAGCUAAAUGCAACUAUUGUGGCUAGUUCAUUGGACUGUGAUAAGAUUAGUUGAUAAAAGAUAUCAGCUUUGGAAUAGAUACAAAAAAUUUGGACAACAUAUGGAUAGUAGAAGAAAACAACAGUAGCCAAGACUCCCAAGACUUAUUCUUUCAUUUUAAUUAAUUUCUAUUGUUAGGCUCAUAGGAAGAUUUAUUUUAAUCCGAAGAAAACAAAAGGCAUGACUUGAAUAAUUAAAAAGACCUGACAUGUAGAUGUAGUCUUUUUAGUUCCUCAGUAGAUUAAUCAGGCUGUGACAAACUUUGUUGACAAUGCUCAUGUUUCUGCUGCAGCAAUAUGAAUGAUUAUGGUAUAACUAUGAUGUUAAAACUGCAUUGGCUACUUACAGUAAAGAUAUAAUGUGAAAAUCUUUGGAAAACAGAAAUUGUCAUAUUUCAUACCCAAAUUUGUUUAUUUGUACCAAGUGUGGUAUAUUUCUUUUUUAUAUAUGUUAAAAUUAUUUAAUUCCACUUAUAUCAUUUACUACUAAUAAUAGUAUUUCUCUCAUGAAAUACUUGCCUUGUUUAAGUUUUUACAAUUAAAAAAAUGCACCCUUUUUAAAAUUUAUGAAUGUAUUUUUUUAAAAGUGGCAUAAUAAAUACAAAGGUUGGUAAAAUUCUUGAAAUUUUUAUGUGUUGUAAAAAUGGAUACCAUUGAUGGAUAUAAUAAACAUUUUGACUUAGGACUAAAUACUUAUUUUUUUGCUUCUAACUGUUUGUGGUAUGUUUAUAUUUUUGUGAAAAUUUAGCACACCUAAACAUCUAAUCUUUUGGCCAUAAAUCAAAACCAUAAUUAACUGAUUUCAUAACUGAUAUCGAAUAAUAGAUAAUUUAAUUCUGAAUCCAAUGAUAUAUAACAUGAUAUUACUGCUAUGUUCUUCAUUGAACAAGCAUCCAGAUUGUAAUGGUACCUAAUGAGAAAGAUUAAAAAAUGGCAGAAAACAGCAUAUUUGAGAAUUAAGCUAAAACAGUUAUUAUUAAAUGAAUUUAAUUGUCAAUUUUUUUCAACUUCAAUCAGAUUUUGAGGAAUUGUUUUUAUGUAAUUUAUAUGUUUGUACUAUUAAUCUUUCCCAGUUCCUUGUAAUGGCUUUGGAUACAACGCUGAACAAGUAAUGGAGAAACACAAUCUAUCUUAAGUGGACCAAAACUCGACAACUUCAAAGAUCGACACAUAGGUCGCAAUUCCCACAAUCCAUCUUAACAAGUGAAAUUUUGAAAAAAUGGUUGUGAUGCAAGUGAAAUAUGGAAAUAAGCUUGAUUCCUUCAUUUCAAUGUCUCUAAAUAUUUUGACCAGGUUAGGUUUUGUUUUUAAAUGCAAAAUAAUAUUGGUAUUUUUCUUAUUGUAAUUUUAUUUCUUACUUGUUCAGUGGAUAAACUGAAUUGACAGUUUAUUAAAAUUUGCAUAGUUGCAAUUUUUUAGAGGAUAUUUAGAGAUGAAAAGAAAAUAACAGGACACAGGGUUUUUUUAGAUUUAAAUGCUCUUUGUAAGUAUUGGGUAGUUUAAAAAGUCCUAUUUCUCACACUUUUUCUAUGUUGUAUGUGAUCUACAAAUAAGGAGUGCGCUGCUGAGUUGAAUAGAUCUUAUAUAAAUUAUUCAACCAAAUAUCUCAACAACAUUUUGUGAAAUUAUUAUCCUUUUUUUGUGUGUGUGCAAGAAAUCAGUAUUUGCAUUAGUUGGUACAAAAAAAAUCAGGAAUGAGAGCACAUUUAAAAAAAAAAAAAUUAAUUAAAAACCUUUCAUAUUAAAAUUUUUGCUUGAUAUUUUUGUGGAAGUGGUCACCUCCAUAUUUUAUUUUUAUCUCUUAUAUUUAUGAUUUAAUAAUUUGAUAUAGUUUUUAGUCCUGCAAAAGAAGCUUUCAUAAUGUUGAACAUUAAUAUGUAAAAAUAUCUAUUAUGUAUAUUGAGUGUUAAAAAAAUCCAUAUCCCAUCUAUAACAUUAAAUUUAUUUUUUGUUGUUGUCUAAGAUGAAAAUCAUUUGAUUGCUGUAAAAUAAUUUGCUCAAUUAAACAAAAAAUUAAGCAUGAUAAAAUUAUAUAGGUUCACACAUUUCUGAGUGUUGGUGUAUUUGAAAUAACCCCCUCAUUUUAAUUUUAUUACUGCCAAACAUUCCAGAGAACCACCAAUCUCUCCAAUAUGACAUAUUUAGUACCAAAUUAACAACCACGCUAUGGCAGAAUUAGUUUCAGCACUACCAGUAGUUACUUAUUCUCAGCUCUGGGUAGUUAUAAAUUUUUUACAUUUUAAAAAAAAGAGGAUUAUAAAUUGAUUUAAAUUUAAAGGUAAACGAAGGGACUAUUUAUGAAAUGGACUUAGUUUAUGUUUUUCAAAAAGGUAUUUCAAAUUUUGGCAUUUUAGUUACUAAUUUUUUUUUUCAAUUGUGAAUUUGCAAGAUGAGACUAAGUGAUGUCAACAUUGUUCAUUUAGAAAGCCAAUAAAUAUAUCGUCCGCCCUAAAAUUUCAAUUUGGAUUCAGGUCCUGAAACUAUUGGUUUGAUUUAACAAUGCAUUUCACUAGUAGCUGUGCAGUUUUAAAUCAGUAGAUUAGUUUCACAGUCCUAGUAGAAGUUGACCAGUUAAAUUGUCACAUGAGUUUGGUGUUUGUCUGUUAUCCCAAAUUCUUUCAUACAUUUCUCUUUCUCCAUUUUUUCUCCUUCAACAAAUUACAUUUCAGGACAUACAUUAGUAAUAAUAUUGCUAUACUGUAAUAUUUGACAGUAAAACAUUUUUUUUUUUUAAAUAUUUAAAACCAUUUUCCUCUUUGGCUGAAUCAUAAAAUGAUUUCUUUCAAAUGUUUUGAUUGUUGUAUCUUGUUAGAUUUUUUUCUCCAAGUAGUGGACUUAUUUUUUUAGUUUUGUCUCAAGCAAAAUUUAUUUAAAAGACAAAAGAAAACUUUGUUUUAUUAAAACAUUUUGAUGUGUUUUUAUUACUAUUAUUAUAAUAAAUAUCUUUUUUUCUUUUAUAUAUAUAUCUAUAAAAUAUAUUUUCUGUUCUUGAUGUUGCCAUUAAAUAAUUACGUACCCAAAUAAUUUUUUUCUUAAACUUCUGUCUACAUUUUAAUAAAAAAACAACUGAAAUAGCUGAGACAAUGACUAUGAAAGAGACAGUUGCACAUGGCUGAUUUCAGUUGUGUGUGUGUGAAUGAAAAUGAAGCUGUAAAUUUCAGAUAUAUUCAUACAAAUUACAAGUGUUAAAGAUUUACUGGUUAAAUGUUGCUUAAAUUAGUUAUGUUUAUAAAAUUGGCUGACACAUCAUGAUGUGAAGAUUUUUAAUUCUUUUAAAUUAUGAACCUAUGAGUAAUAAAAUUGGAAAGGACAA